UCCCAAGAUCACAGACAUUACAAAGAAAACGAACAGAGAGAAACAAAAAUACACAAAAAAACGGUGUCUCCAGUUUCUCUUCUCCCUCGCUCGCUCGCUCGCUCGCUCGGUUGCUUCAGAUCAAAACCAGCUCCUUGUGUUUCUUUUUCUCCUAUAUACAUCGCGUAUAUCUAUGUAUAAUCUGUAUGUAUAUGUAUUUGUGUCUUGAUUCGUCCUCUGCUCCUUCACUCCCUCUUCAAACCCUAAACUAACGCCUCCACUCGAAACCCUAAUCAUCUUGUACCAAUCCCUCUCUUUUUCUUGGAGCUCGAGGCGGCAUCAAUUGAAUUGUCCGCCAGUUAAACUUAUCAGGAGUGAGUACAGUAACCGAGAUGAAUAUGCAACAAGUUGUACAGUCCAAACCUUCUUCCAAUGGGUUUGCUCGACGGCGAGGUGAGAGGGACUUGGGGACUAGGCUGCAGAGUAAGUCUGGAAAAUCAUAUACAAACAAAUUAAAUAAUACUGGUGCAUCCGUCGGUGGCAAAGUUGGAAUAUUUGAGGGUCCUUCUCGUGAUCGUUUAGUUUAUAUGACAACAUGCCUUAUUGGGCAACCUGUGGAAGUACAGUUGAAAGAUGGAUCCAUUUAUUCUGGAAUAUUUCAUGCUGGGUUGGUUCACCCAUCCACUGCUGACCGGGAAUUUGGAGUUAUUUUGAAAAUGGCUUGCCUGACAAAGGAUGGUUCUUCUCGCUGGCCGAGGGCAGAGCUUGUUAACAAGCCUCCCACAAAAACUUUUAUCAUACCCGGCAAAGAGCUUGUACAAGUUUUGGCAAAGGAUGUGACUGUCUCGACAGAUGGGUUUUCAAAUGAUCUGCAACAUGAGAAGCACCAGGAAAUUUUACUCGACUCCUACAUAUCACAUUCUCGUCUUGUUGAUGUAGAGAGAGAACUGGGACGAUGGGUCCCCGAUAACGAUGAUCCACAGUGUCCGGAACUGGAUGAUAUAUUUGAUGGCCCUUGGAAUAGGUUGCUAAAGGGUUGGGAUCAGUUUGAAACAAAUGAAACAUUAUUUGGAGUAAAAAGCACUUUUGAUGAGGAACUCUACACUACAAAACUUGAGAGGGGUCCUCAGAUGAGAGAGCUGGAAAAGGAAGCCUUAAGGAUUGCCAGGGAAAUUGAGGAUGAGGAAACCCAUGAUCUUCAUCUGGCAGAGGAAAGAGGUAUCAGUUUCCAUGAUAAAUUUGAUAUUGACGAGGAGACCAGAUUCUCUUCAGUUGAUAGGGGUAGGAGGGAUGAUGAUAGUGGAUAUGAAGAAAAUGAGGAUAGAUCAUUGGACUCAUGCAAUAUUGAGACCUUUGGAAUAUCAUCUGCUCCUGUCGUCAAGAGGAACACUAGUUUGAUCCAUUGGAAAAACAGUGAUGAAGCUCAAUUGUUACCGAGCUCUUCCUUACUGGAUGAGGCAAAUUCAUCGCAAUCAAAUGAUGGUGCAAAGUCUUGUCACACUGGUUCUUUCGAUCAAUCUAGUCAGCUGGCUUCUGAGUUAACUUCCAGGAGUUUCUCCAUUUCAGAAUGUGAAAACAGGAUUGAGGACAAUCCACGCAGUGCACAUGGAGCAGAGGAUAUUUCUAAAGAACUUAUUCAAGAACAGAUGGUUCAGGAUGCUCAAUGGUCGAAACUUGUGGAUUCACAGUCAUCGCUGAUUCGCAAUAAAGAUGGCUUGGACAAUGGGGCUCUAUCCUCUACUGCCACGGCAUAUUCUCCUCCAUCUCAUGUUUCAUUGACAGGCCGUGAGAGGAUCAGUACUCCUGUUGAAUUGUCAGAGGUUGCAGUAUCUACUAAGGUACCCAGUGAAGCACAAUCGAAUGCUUGUGGGCGGCCCGGUAGUUCUGCAUCAUCAAGUUCUGGCUUUGUUAGUGCCGCUAAUGCUUCUAGUGGUCUCGGUUUAUCACCGAGCUCAUCUAUGGGCUCAUUAUCUUCUGAGAAAUCUACAUUGAACCCCCAUGCUAAGGAAUUUAGACUCAAUCCUAAUGCCAAGAGUUUCAUGCCCUCUCAAAUAUCUGUUAGACCUGCUUCCCCUGUGUCAGACGGUUCCUUCUAUUAUCCAUCUGGGGUGUCUGCUGUACCACAUAUGCCUGGCAUGCCUAUGGGUGUAGGGAUUGGACCAUCAUUUAGUGGGCACCAGCCUGUGUUUUUUGAUCCUCAGGCUGCUUCAAUGCAGACACCUCAAGCAUAUUUUCCUCCAACUGGACAUCAGUUUGGUCAGCAGAUGCUUCUUGGCCAUCCGAGGCAAGUUUUGUACAUGCCCAGUUACCAACCGGAAAUGCCAUAUAAAGGACGGGAUCCUUAGCUAGAUGGAUGAUUGGCUGGCUUAAAUUCUAGCGGUUUGAACUCUGCUCACAAUGAAUAAACUUCUGAGACUGUUUGGAACAAAAUUUGGGGAACAAAGCCCAACAGUCUGAUUAUUGUUCAUGACCCUCCUGCAGCUCCAAUCCGUGGAGUGUGUAGUGUUUUUGGAUGUGUGCUUUGCUUCUGCUGAGAUGGUUUAUUGACCUUUCUAAUUUCCAAUUAUCUGUUUUGUUGUGAUAUGAGUUCUAUGCUGUUAAAUGUCUGUUGCAUAUGGCAUAUUAAAGAAUUUGAACUAAUUCUGCCACAGUAUUUAUUCAUGUUCCUCCUAGCCUUAUUUGAAUCAUGCCCGACCAUUAGUAAUAUAUUAAAUUGAAUCUU